UUAUUUCCGUCAAAAAGUUCUAAAAGUAGGUGCAGACGUUCUUCUGUUAAACUUUGUUGCGUAAAUACGAGUUGAAAAAUUGGUUGUAAUUUAUAAACAGAGUUAAAAAAACAACAAAAACAAAUAUGGUAAGAUAAGGUAAUUUGAAACAUAUGCGGAAUAAUACUUCCACAAAUAAAACUAUUCUGAGUGCAGGUACUGUGUGGAGUAGCGUCGGUCCUAGGUGUUAUAGGCGUAGUCCAAGAGAGUAGAUGUACAAGAUAAAUGGCUGAAGAAAAGGGAGACUCAACAGACCAGAAGGCUCAGUCUGUGAGUGACAGAGGAAGUCCUCAGGAGAAUGGGACUGCUGACACAACACCAACAAAGAAAUCUAAAUCAUCUAAGAGACGUGAUGUUAGUGGACAUGGGAAAUUGGCUCUUUGUCGAAUAAGACUUCUGGAUGGUAGUGACUUAGAAUGCCAAGUAGAAAGAAAGGCAAAAGGAUCAGAACCAUUCGACAAAGUCUGUGCACAACUAAAUCUUUUGGAAAAAGACUAUUUUGGCAUUACAUUCAGAGAUAAUGAGGACAAUAGAUGCUGGCUGAAUGUUGAGAAACGGAUUACUAAACAAGUAAAAAAUGGACCUUGGGUUUUCUCUUUUGAGGUAAAGUUUUAUCCUCCUGACCCAGCCCUGCUACAGGAGGACAUUACAAGGUACCAGUUAUGUCUCCAGAUCAGAAAUGAUAUUUUAUCUGGAAAAUUACCAUGCUCCUUUGUGACUCAUGCCCUUUUAGGGUCCUAUUUGGUUCAGUCUGAACUUGGAGAUUAUGAUCCAGUAGAACAUGGAAUGGACUAUCUUUCUGAGUUUCGAUUUGCUCCAAGUCAGACUCCAGAGUUGGAGGAAAAGGUCAUUGAACUUCACAGACAACACAAAGGUCAAACUCCAGCUGAAGCAGAACUUCAUUACUUGGAAAAUGCUAAGAAGCUAGCUAUGUAUGGUGUUGAUCUUCACCAAGCCAAGGAUUCUGAAGGUGUAGACAUAAUGCUUGGUGUCUGUAGUUCUGGUCUUCUGGUGUACAGAGAUCGGCUAAGAAUCAACCGAUUUGCUUGGCCCAAAAUUCUUAAGAUUUCUUACAAAAGAAAUAAUUUUUACAUCAAAAUUCGACCUGGAGAGUUUGAGCAGUUUGAAAGUACAAUUGGGUUCAAAUUAGCCAAUCACAGAGCAGCUAAAAGACUGUGGAAAGUCUGUGUAGAACAUCACACAUUUUUCAGGUUGAUGCAUCCAGAGGCACCACCUAAACAGAGUUUGUUUGUGCCUCGUUUUGGGUCCAAGUUUCGCUAUUCAGGAAGAACACAAUAUCAAACUCGAAAAGCAAGCACCAUGAUUGAUCGACCUCCUCCUCACUUUGAAAGAACUCUAAGCAACAAACGGUUUUCAUCACGAAGCAUGGAUGCACUUGGUAGCUAUUCCAGGGACCAUUCUUUCCCUGAAGGAAGACCAGAAGAAAGCAAAAGACACACUCUUGCAGGUCCUCUGACAAGAAGCCCAGGCAGUGAUGGCAGGAGAGGAGAAAAAUCCCAAUCAUCACCAGUGACACCAGACCAGAACAACAGGAAGAGACAUCCCAUGGAGAAAGAAAAAGAAAUGGAAACCCUUGACAAAAAAAAAGAUAGUUGGAAACCUGUUGGAGGUGUUGCUGUAUUUCCACUAGUAAAUAAACAGAAACUGGAACAACCCAGAGGUCACAAACAAGAAGAAGAAAAUGUAAAAGAAACUGUGGACAAAAAUGACACAAAACCAGUGGCUGAGAGACCUUAUGAUGAGGUGGAUAAACCAAAAGCUGCUAGAGAUGAGUUUGUGAUUAAACCACCAGUUACCCCAGCUUCUAAAUAUCAGGAGACAGUGUCAGACAAGUCAAGUGAAUGGUCUAAGGAGGGGAGUGGAGUUUUAGUUACAAGCACACCACGAGUUUCUGCCCCGUUAGCUCUUGCAACUGAAGAAGAUGAGCCAGAAGAAAAACAUGGCCAAAAACCAAGAUCUAUGUUUAUUGGCAAAGGGGAUACUCCUUUUACCAAGGAAUACAUUUACAGUGUUUCAGAAGAUCCAGAACAGACUGAUAAAGGGGCUUACAGUCCUAAAGAAUAUGGAUUUUCAUACACUGGUAAAAAUUCUGGUGAUGUAUCUCCAGUCACAAGACAUGAAGACUUGUCUCCUGGUACCAUACAAGUCACAGGUAUUGCUUUUACUUAUAAUCCACCAGAAUUGCAGCAAGAGCCAAAUAACAAGUUAAGGUCACCCAUUUCUGAAAACAAGAAGAACACAUGCAAAGGUUCUACCCAGGAAAAUGAAGACAAGGCAGAAGUUAAGAUAAGAGUAGACAAACCAUUGUUUGUGCCAGUUAGUGGAAGUGGUAGCCCACAGAAAGAACCUCCACCCAGUAGAAAGGACAUAGAAGCAACAACAAAAAAAAGCCCUUUGAAGAAGAACCUCAACCCAGUACUGGUCACAGCAGCUAAAAGUCAGCAAUCUAAUGUGCCUUUAGUAAAAGGUGGACAUAAUUCUCCAAGUUCUGAAUCAUCCUCUUCAUCAGAGGAAAAUGAAUCAUCUGACAGCAGCAUGGAAGAAUAUUGUAGAGAACCAUUCUACCCUGAAAAGAAGUCUAGUAAUGUUCCAUCACAAAUGGUAGAAAAAUCUAUUACUGGUGGCCCUUGCUAUGCUAAAGUUUCUAGAAAAAGAGUGAUAACCAAGCCUGAUGGAACUACUGAAGAGGUAGAGGAGACCAUUGAGCCUUCAACACAUGGUGUGAGGGAUUAUGCAGCUACUAAGCCAGUUGUAGUGGGUGUAGGCCCUGCCACUUUCUCCAGUGUGGAACCAGCUAUCUUACUAAAGCCUGGGAUUCAGGAAGGUAGGCAGCCCAUGACCGAAUCAUCAAGUAUAGUGAUGUCUACUGUGAACACAGUUACCACCACUCAGGUUCCUAGUAGGGAGGUAGGACCUCCUGAGAAAGAAAUUUGUUUUCCAAAAACCACAAGUAGUCUAAAUACAGAAGACAGAUGUUUUACCCAUGAAGUGUCUCGAAACUCCCAUACCUUCUCAAGUCAUUCAGAUGAUGUACAGCCAGCCAUUGUCAAAACUGAGACAGUAAAGUAUGACCCUAAUGCACUGGGUAGUGCACAAAAAAGCACAAAAAAUGUUCCUGUUGUUGCCACAGAAACCAGGAAAGUGAGCUAUCCUGUAGAGCAGCUUCCUACCAGCAACUAUCCAUCAGUCACUUCUGCUACAGUUAUUAGUACCCCUUAUGGAGGAGGAGAAGGAGAAAUUGUCAGCUCCUCAACAGUUUCUAGCAAAACAAGAACAGUAGAAACAAUUACUUACAAAAUGGAACACAAUGGUGCUGUUGAGACACGAGUGGAACAAAAAAUUACAAUACACAGUGAUGGUGAUCCCAUUGACCAUGAUCGUGCCCUGGCUGAGGCUAUCCAGGAAGCCACAUCAAUGAAUCCAGACAUGACUGUUGAAAAGAUUGAAAUACAACAGCAGUCGUCACAUUAGUUUUUAUAAGUAACUGGUCUUCAAACCUGGAAGAAAGUUUUGCUGAUUUCCAAUGGAAGAUCUGAGGAACCUAUUAGCCAUUAAAAUACUGUAUUUUAUAUUUUGUGUUCUUUUCACAUGUCUAGAAUUUGCAGCUGUUUUUCAUCUUCACUGUUAUAAUUUUGUUUCCUUGCACACUAUGUAUUAAAGUUUCAAAAUUAUAUGUAGCUUGUGAUUUACAUUUAUGUUUAAACCCAUGAAAAGCUAACAGAAGAAAUAAGUAGCCAGUUGUUAAUCCAUGAAGCCAUGAGUAAAAAAAAAUGCUUCGAAGUUCUUGCAUAAUUUAACUGAGUCUAAGUGUAUUAUACAUAUACUUACCACAACCAAUAUAACUUAACAUAUUUCAUUCCUAGAAGGGUUAUAAAAAUACUUUGGGGAAUUUUCAAGGUUAUAGUUGUUAUUUUUUGAUAUAUUAAUAGUUUAGAUAAAAUAAUGUAACUUUUUACUUCAUUAUAAACUUAAUUUUAAAAUCCUGAACUUGUUUAGAGUUUAAACAGUACUCUUUAUUUGUUCAAAGCCAUUUGCAAGGUAUUCUCUCAUUGUAAUGGUUAAGUUCAGUUUUAUUUAACAGAACUUGUUUAUUUUUAUAUAUGUAACAUUUGUUUGUAUAAGUAUUAUUUGCUAAUUUAGUUAGGUUUGGUGACUGGAUUAAGUUCAUUUGCUUGCUUAAGACGAAAAAUUAUACCCUUUAUGUGAUAAGAAUAUACAAGAAAAGUUUUUCCAUGUAAUCAUGUCUGUAAGGUAUACAAGUAUAUUAUUUGAAGAAAAAAAAAACAUAUAUACUUACACACACACACAUACAUGUGUGCAAAAUGUAUUAAUAAAUGAUUAACAUAAAAUUAUAAAAACCCUAAAAUCUGAGCACUUUCAAAAUGUCCACCUUUCAAAAACACUCUGGUUAUAGGGUUUUUAUCAUUUAAUAUUAAGACUUCUUGAACCUACAUGUUUUUCUGACAUCAUGUAAAAACUGAUUCACUUCUGUUAUUUAGUUUUUAUUUAGUAUUUACUCACAAUAAACAAUAACAAGCAUAUAUUUGGUCUUGUAAAAUCUUUGGAAAGGUUUUUACUGUGAUUUUUAUAACAAAGAUUAUUGAGUUUUUCAAAACUUUUAACUUAGACAAA